GAGAAAUAUAUUGAUAUACUAUAUAAUAUAUAUACUUAGAGAGAGAAAGAAGAGUGGAAAAGUGAGGUAGAGAGAGAAGGAGAGCUGUACAGCACAUGGCUUCGUUGCCGCUGGGACCUCAACAUCCUCCAGAUCAUGACCCCUUGAAGCUCGCUCAUCAUCGCCCGGAGAUGGAAUCUGACAAGGAAAUGUCAGCUACUGUUAUUGAGGGGAAUGAUCAAGUUACUGGUCACAUCAUUUCCACUACAAUUGGGGGCAAAAAUGGUGAACCCAAAAGGACCAUCAGUUACAUGGCAGAACGUGUUGUUGGAACUGGAUCAUUUGGAAUUGUGUUUCAGGCAAAAUGCUUGGAAACUGGGGAGACUGUAGCUAUAAAGAAGGUCUUACAGGAUAGGCGGUAUAAAAAUCGUGAGCUGCAGUUAAUGCGCUUGAUGGAUCACCCAAAUGUAGUUUCUCUGAAGCACUGUUUCUUUUCCACAACAAUUAAAGAUGAGCUUUUCCUUAAUUUGGUCAUGGAAUAUGUCCCCGAGACUAUGUACCGGGUUCUGAAGCAUUAUAGCAAUGCAAAUCAGAGAAUGCCGCUCAUCUAUGUGAAGCUCUAUACGUAUCAGAUAUUUAGAGGGUUGGCUUAUAUUCAUACUGUUCCUGGGGUUUGCCAUAGGGAUGUGAAGCCUCAAAAUCUUUUGGUUGAUCCUCUCACCCACCAGGUUAAACUUUGUGACUUUGGAAGUGCAAAAGUUCUGGUAAAGGGCGAAGCAAACAUAUCAUACAUAUGUUCUCGUUACUACCGGGCUCCAGAACUCAUAUUUGGUGCAACAGAAUAUACGACAUCAAUAGAUAUUUGGUCAGCUGGUUGCGUACUUGCUGAGCUUCUUCUAGGGCAGCCACUAUUUCCUGGAGAAAAUGCAGUGGACCAGCUUGUAGAGAUUAUCAAGGUUCUUGGUACUCCAACUCGAGAAGAAAUUCGCUGUAUGAAUCCAAAUUAUACUGAUUUUAGGUUUCCUCAGAUUAAAGCGCACCCUUGGCACAAGGUUUUCCACAAGCGGAUGCCUCCUGAAGCAAUUGAUCUUGCUUCACGGCUCCUUCAAUACUCACCAAGCCUUCGCUGCACUGCACUAGAAGCAUGUGCCCAUUCUUUCUUUGAUGAGCUCCGGGAUCCCAAUGCCCGCCUUCCGAAUGGUCGCCCUUUGCCCCCUCUUUUCAACUUUAAGCCGGAACUAGCUAGAGCGUCACCUGAGUUGAUCAAUAGGCUAAUACCGGAACAUGUCAGGCGGCAAGCUGGUCUCAGCUUUCCACAUCCAGCCGGGACGUAAGCCAAUUGUUGGAACUCAGAAUCAACAACGUCAAGGGAGCUUGUGUGGUUUAUAUCACUUGGGCAUAAAUGGUUGGUCGCUGGGCAAAGAUGUGUAUGCUAAUACUGGCUGUUCAGCUUGAGCUGGAAUUUGAUAUUUCUGUUUACUAUUGUCAUAGCCAAUGGAAAAACUUUUUCGCAGUUAUGUACAUUAUUUUGAUCUUAAAAUUCGAGAAAGCUGAGUUAAAAAUGGUAAUGCAUUCAUUUCUAGCUAGGGAGAUUCUCUGAAGGAACAGCAGCACUAAAGAGCUAUUUGUAUAUUGGCUUCUUGUUUUUAUCUACAUAAUGUUGUUUCUACUUAA